AUUGGAGCAGGGAUUUUAACCGAGCUAUAGAAAUAAUGAGUGAAAUGUUUUAUUAAGCGAGCAUUGAAGCCUGUAUAUAUGAUGUUUUGAACACAAAUACUAAAUAAUACACCGUCUUUUGUAUGGCUGCAGGGUUCCGUCGACGGGUUCGGGGCUUUAUUUUUUAUUGAUAGACAAGGCUUUCUGCACCAGCUAUCUGUAAUGUGGGAUUUCAUUGACAUAUAAUCUUAAACAAGCGGGGGGAGCGAACGCCAGAUUAUAUAUUUAUUAUUUGCAGUGAAUUGUAUGAGAAACCAAUCGGCUUCUGCGUUUCCUUUCAAUAUAUGUCAAUGAAAUCUCGGACCGGAAUCCCCGGCAUUGGAUGAUGGAACAUAAGCAGGGCUGAGACCUGGAGCAGCUCAAAGUAACUAACAAUGAUGCAGACUAAAACCCUGACUCGAUCCGCAUCGGAGCUGGAGUUCCGGAAGUCUGGAGUGGACUGGAGCGAGACUUACCUGGAAAAUGGCCAGUUGGACAAUCAGCUGGAGAGUACCAUUCACCAGAUCCGGAAGGCCAAGUUCAAGGCCACUAUCGACAGUGAUUACAGCCUGAUGGAGGCCAGACGACAGGCCGAGGAGAUACAGCAGCUCAGCAAGGCCAUCAAACAGAAAGACCGCCCAAACAGCGUCAAGUUGUAUGACUCCAGCGCCAGAUCCGGAGCCUUCUCCAAAUCUCGCGCGAGUUCCGCCGUUAUGUCCGAUUCGAUUUCGGAGAAAGACGAGAUGUGCGGAGAAAAGUCUCUGUCUUGUGAUGAUCAAUCUGAAUCUUUGGACUCAAACAAAUUAGUGUCUGAAAAGACGGAAAAAACUGACAAUGUAAACCAUCAGAAUGGCAGAACUGAAGAAGAAAUAAAACUGCGACCAGUGAAUGUUGCCAUGUUUAAGCUUACAUUACGGGGGUUUAAUCGCAAUAGACAGAGCGAAUCUUCGUCCAAUGAACAUCAUCGACAGUCCAUAUCCGCUCAAAACGUUCGUCAGACCCAGUCUGCCAGUCACGCAAACGCACGAGAUCGUGCGAGAAAUAUACGAGAUUUGAAAAGGUCUGGAGGAAGACCGAGACGCCCUGUUACCUCCAAACUGAGACAAUUAAAAGAUGGGGAGGUUCUGGAGGCGGUGGACAUUCACCCCGUGGUUGUGUUUGGUAUCAAUACACGUAAAUUAAAAGACACAAAAUCAAGACGAGAAUUAGAAGAACUGAGUAAAAUACAACAAGAACAGAAGUUUGGAAAACCGGACAAAGAAAAAGAAGAGAGGAAGCUUAAAAUGACGGCAUGGGCGAAAGGAGACGGAACUUUGGACCGGAAGAUUCGUAAUUUUAUCUCUGACGUAGAAGAGUUCAAAAGACGUUCUAAAGGUGGUGAUGAUUCCUUAUUUUCUUUUCGAAGAGCGAAGUCCAUGAUAUUGACAUGAAUCAGUGGAUGGUCGUUAUGCAUUUAAACUAUUUGUUGUACCGUAAUCAUGAUGAACACCCCUUGUAUAUAUUGAAUAGAGAAUCAUCACAUCUCUGUUGAUAUAACUUUUGUUGUAUUGACUACUAAACGCUUCCAUUCUGUGAUCUUAUGGACAAUGGUCUUGCAUUUUUCUAUUGAACGAGAAACAUGUGGCUGUGUUACAAAAUAUUUUUGACAGGUAUACAUAUGAAUCUAGUCUAGGUUUUGGUGCGCUCUGUCUUGUGCUUCUGCAUGAAAUAAAUUAAUAGGUUGUAUGCUUAAAUUGAGAGGUAUUCUGCAGUUGAAAAUAAAUUAUUUUGAAUUUUUA